AUUUAUCACUUGUUUUUGGAAAGCAUCACAAUGAAAUCUUACAGUUUAUUUCAACUGCUCUUUGCUGUAUUCAUUUGCAGUCCUAUAACACAGCUACACGCAGCCGAUGAUAAAGCUGCUCGUGAAGCAUGCAUCACUGAGACCAAGCUAACUGACGCCGAUGCUAAUCUGAUUAGAGGCGCCGCUGUUGUUAGUAAACUCAUUCAAAACGAUUCUGAGGCUUUGAAAUGUUUCCAGCUUUGCUACUACAAAGAACUUGGACUCAUCGAUGUUGCUGGCAAAACGAAUGCGGCUAAAACACUUGAGUAUAUGUCGCAGGCUAGCGGUAUUACAGAUAAAACCAAGUUAGCUGGCGCAUUGGGUUCAUGCAAGUCGGUCAAAGGUACCAGCCAAUGUGAUAGGCUAUAUCAAUUUGAAAAGUGCGCUUUAACCAAAUUGGGUGUUUGAAAAUAUUAUUGAUAGCAUGAAACAUUGACACAUACAUAGCUUUUGAAUUAUGACCAAACGAUUGCGCGUUUAAUAUUUUUGUUGGCUUAAAUGCAUUUUAUUUCUGUUAUACAUAAGGUUUGCUUAAAAUAAGAUUGUAUUGAAAAUGAAAAAAAUUCAAAUCAAGAUAACAUGCUCCUGCAAAUAGCACUUAUAUAACUGAAAGGCGGUGUCACACUCGUUGGCACCCUGUAAGCCAUUACAUUUGGCUAGUACAUUUCUUGGUGCGCUAUUACCAAUAGCUGGCAUUGGUAGCUUACCUUUGCCCGCUUCAUUUGGCACGCCAUUUUUUAAAAGUUCUUUCUUAUUCUCGAGACACUUUAGAAAACAUUUCGCUUUAUCAUCGAUCGCAUUGAAAUCACCCCUCUUCAAAGCGUCCAACUGCGCUGCACUUGCUCCCGACUCUUUUAGGCAAUGCUCGUAGUACUGGUGGGCUUGUGUUGGCUUAUUGGACUUCAACUGCGAAAUUAGUAAUGCAUAAAAGGAAUUUAGUGUAUAAAAUAAUAUUUUGUUCUACAGAUAUAUCUGUGCUUGCUCUUACCUCAUGUGCCGCGACAACUGCGCUGAGUGAAAUUAAAGUGGCUACAAAAAUAUUCAAUUUCAUUUCCUCGAAGUUGUAGUGUACUAUGGAGUUUAUUUUAUAGUUUUCAGCUGACGAGAGAAGUUUGCUCUAGUUUACAGCUUACACCUGUUGCGCUUAAUAUAGACACUUCGGAAAUGUUUUGAUUAUAC